GGGGGAAAAGCAAGAAAUGGGCUUUGAUAUGAGCCCGGCGGGCCUGAAGAAGCUGUGUCGGGAGAAGCGGCUGUAUGCGAGUCUUCCAGAGCUUAACGAGGUUCUUCAUCUCCAUCACAGGGGCAUAGUCGAGAUUAAAGGCCUCGAAGAGUACACUGGAUUAAAAACUCUCCACCUCGAGUCGAACGGUAUCUAGUUUUCUUCUUCUCUUUUAUUCUGAGAGGAUUUCUUUGCAGCAAUACUGAAGAUCAAAGGUCUAGAUUGCCUCAUGAAUCUUCGCUGCCUCUAUUUAAACCAGAGAAUGUUUUUCUUUUGUAGAACUUGCUCGAAGAUGUGGAAGGACUUGAUAAACUCCCCCGCUUGGAAGCACUCGAUCUGGCAGAUAAUCAGGCACACAAGGAUUCUUUUUCUUCGUUUGCUUUGUGAGUUUAAUCACUGCUUUGCAGAUCAAGUGCUUGAAAGGACUCUCUUGCUGCCAGUGCUUGCGUCAACUUAAUCUUUCUGGAACAUGCUUUGCCAGGAGGAGAACGUCGCACAUCUCACAGUAAAGACCACAAAACCACUGGACAACAUAAUCUCGCUCGUCCUUUCUUUCGCUAGAAAUGCAAGAGCUUGCAGUCACUCAACAUCUCCAGGAAGAAACUUGACAACGAAGAGUCUCUCCAGAUCAUUCAAUCGCUUUCUCUCACCCUCUUGAAAAUGUCUGGAAAUCCGAUUGUAUCAACGAUACAACAUUACCGGAAGUUUUGUCUCGUCCAAAUGCCCACGCUUACGUACCUGGAUGAAAGUCCUGUCUCUGAGAACGAGCGUCGCCUGGCAAGAGCAUGGACAGACGGUGGAAACGAGGAGGAGACAUCAAUGCGGGAAACUAUACGCAAGGAAGAAGCCCAUCAGAGAGAGAUCCAUCGUCAAGGUACUGCCACCGUUUUGGAAGGAUGGAUGGUUCUUUAGCCAUCUCUAGAGCAGCAUUUGAAGCCAUGAUCGAGGAAGCGACGGCCGAGCUGGCCGAGAACGAGCGAAAGCAAAGAGAAGCGGCAGAAAGAGCUCAAGAGGAGCGAGCCGAGGCAGCCGCAAGAGAAGAGCAGUGCCGAGCGGAGAUUGCUGCGAGAGAGGAAGCGAAGAGGAGACAAGAGAUCCAAGAGCAGCGGAGAGCCGAGCUAGCAGCGAGGGAGGAGAAGAGAGCCGCCGAGCUUGUAGCGAUGGAGGAGGAGCUAGCCGCGGAGCUUGCUGCGCGCGAGAAGAACUUGUCCGAGGAAGGGAUUAUAGAGCGGCUCGAGUGCGCUGACAAGGAGAGGAAGUUUAAGAAGGAGCUCCAGGAGCGCGUUUUGGAGCGAGUGGCCCAAGACAAGAACGUCGCAAGGCCUAUGCUUUGGGGAACCAAAGGUUACAAGAGUCUCUGGGAAAUAGCAACUAAUAUAGACGACUCUACUUAACAAUCUUUUCUAGCCAAUGGUGGAAGAAAACUUUCGUCCUCUGUGAA